GCCAUGGCCCAUGGCAGCGCGGCGGUCAUGCUGAAGUGCGUGGUGGUGGGGGACGGCGCCGUGGGCAAGACGUGCCUGCUGAUGAGCUACGCCAACGACGCCUUCCCCGAGGAGUACGUGCCCACCGUCUUCGACCACUACGCAGUCAGCGUUACCGUCGGGGGCAAGCAGUACCUGCUGGGGCUCUACGACACCGCCGGCCAGGAAGACUAUGAUCGUCUGAGACCUUUAUCUUACCCUAUGACCGAUGUCUUCCUUAUCUGCUUCUCAGUGGUAAACCCUGCUUCAUUUCAAAAUGUGAAGGAAGAAUGGGUACCGGAGUUGAAGGAAUAUGCACCUAAUGUUCCCUUUUUACUAGUAGGAACACAGAUUGAUCUCCGUGAUGACCCAAAAACUCUGGCAAGACUGAAUGAUAUGAAAGAGAAGCCCGUAUCUGUGGAGCAAGGACAGAAGUUAGCAAAAGAGAUAGGAGCCUACUGUUACGUGGAGUGUUCAGCUUUAACACAGAAAGGACUGAAGACUGUUUUUGAUGAAGCUAUUAUAGCCAUUCUAACUCCAAAGAAACACACAGUGAAGAAGAGAAUAGGCUCAAGAUGCAUAAACUGCUGUUUGAUCACGUGAGAGACAUUUGACAAUGGCCAGGCUUACUGUGAAAUUCUACUGAUUUUAAAUACAAUGCAUUAAGUACAUAGUGAAUUUGUUCCAGGUUUGAAAGUUAAACCUACGUUUCUGCCUUCUACAACCAGUGAAAUCCAGAGGAAUAAAAUCAAACUCAACGAACUUGUAAUAAGAAGCCACCACAUCUGUUACAAAUAUUUUAUUCAGACUGGAAGGUACAAUCUCUCAGGGUUACACAGUCUAGAGGAAGCAAAAACUGCACCAUGCUGAAAUGGCAUCUAUGUGAUUUUACUGAGUGGAGAUGCUUGGCCUGAAAUACUCUAACUGCAUUUGGACAGUCUUCUGCUUUGACUAUAUAUAUAUAUAUAUAUAUCUUAAAAACCCCCAACUUUUGCACAGUCUGUAUGGAAUCUGCACAAAGAAAUACCUUGUCUCUUUUUGCUCCAGUUAUCUGCUUUUGUAUGUAAGCUGCUUCCGGUUCCAGUGUAUCCACAGAGGUGCAAUAAUCAGACCAGCCAUAUAGCCAAAGGUAGCUCCGAGGGAACAGGAAAUGGGCCAUACCUGAGGGGAGAACACAAGGCAAAAGCAGACAAUGAGGAAAAUGUCUGUGGUUUUUUGUACUUCAUGAGCACAAAGUCUAGGUACUGAAAGACAGUAGUCUUAUUCUACUUUAAAGCUUGAUGUGCUUUCCUAAAAAUGCCAAAAGCGUAACAAUCAUCUUCAUAAACACUAAAUGCUGUUGUACAGUUUUUAAUUAAUAUGCAUUAAAAUGUAAGCAGGCUUCUGGCUAUUGCAGACUUUAGUUUGAUAGUCCAAAAACUAUGUGGAAAAACCACCCCUUAGAAGUAUCUAUAUCCCAAGAAGCAUUCAGCUGACCCGACUUCCUACUCUGCUGUACACAUUCGGAUACCUACAGAUUUCUCAGCAACUUCUCCUUUCAAUCUCUCAUGGUGUUUUGAAACUUUCAGGUGUGUAUAGAGGAAUUAGUAUUCAAAUAAGGCUAGAGACUGAGAUAGAUAGAGGUUUGUUGGCUUUUUUUUUUGAAAAGUAUAUAAAAGGAUAAAUUUCCCUCUGGCUAGCAGUAGGGAGGGAACACAAAAUUGGAAGCUGACUGAACAUCUUGCACCCAGAUCAUCAAACUUGUAGUAAGCCAGUUAUGUCAAAGAGAGCUUUAAUUAUAUGCUCUAUUUUCAACUAAAAGAAAAGGAAACCAACUCAAUAGAUCUGACUCAUUUUAACAAACCAUCUUGUGCUGACCCAGAGUAGUAAUAGAAUUCUUCCCUGCUCUUUUUUUUUUUUAAAUCGGUAUUGAUUUGCAGGGAGGAAUGGCCAAACCAAGUAGUAGUUGACUUAACCAAUUUGUCAUCAGAUGUAGCUUAUAGUACCAGUCCACUACAUACUGCAUUUGAUGAAAAGUCUCAACUAAGGUGGUAAUUAAUUUAUUUAUUUCAGAAUAAACAGAACUCCCAGGCCUCUUUAAAAUUCUCCUUUGCUUUCUUUUUGUUUUUUCGCAAGGACAGGUUUGCAGUUCCUGCUCUACAGUGCAUAUUCCUAAAGCAAGUAUGGACUGGACUCUCCUAUUCUUUUGUUUUUUAAAUUAAGGGGGAUAUUUCCCCCUCCCCAUAGUACUUGAGACUGAGAAAUGCACUAGACAAUACAGGAAAUAUCCCAAUCUCCAGCCUUCUUUUCUACUUCACUUUGACUUGCAAUUCAUGAAUAUCAAAUGAACCUACUCUUAAUGGUACUGGUUCCUCCUUUCAUUCAUUUUCCUAGCUCUGAUUCUUCUCUUUACUUCAUUAUCACUUAAAAGAAUAUAUUUAUUCACAUCCUUUGAUCAUGGGAAUUUUAACUACAAAAAAGAGUAAUGUAUUUUGUCCUCUGUUCUUUCAUCUUCAACCUCCUCAGUUGUUUCAUCUUCACAUUCCUUAGCAUUUACAGCUUUUAUAUGUUAUUUGGAGGUCUUAAGGAGUGUAGCAAAGAUGAUUACUAAACAAGGUGCCUUAGGUACUCUUUAUUGACCUUGUUUCAUUCUUUCACUUUCAUACAUUCUGUCUCUGCUGCUUUUGUUGCUGAGUAUUUCAGCAGUUGCCUCUCAAGCCAAAGAUUUGCUUGUUUUCAUUCAUUUACUGUGUAUAGUAGAUCAUCUAUAAAAAGCCUUGAGAGGCUUUGGCAUGGUAAGUACUACAUGCAUUUGAAACUCACAUAAGUUUGUGGCCUUGGCUAAACUUACACUUCAGGUGGAUCUUUUCAACUUUUAAACAAAAUGUAAUUAUUUCUAGCAUUUUGCAUAUUACAUUUGUCUAAAGGACAAAACAAUAAAAAAAGUCCCUGAAACCCUUCUGCUCACUCAGUAAUGUUCAGAUGGAACUCAAGUCAUACUUUUUUAUCCACUGAUGAAGUCAAAUACCACUCCAAUAUCCACAAAACUAUGGACAAAGGCUUCUUAACUCGGUGGUGCUUUUACAUCAGAUUUGCUGAGUGAUCAAUGAUCAAUCCUUCAUUAAAUUUUUACCUACAUUAGGUGAAUUUGUAGUUGCCUAUUUGCUUUCCAGGACUAUAGGUAGAUGAUGGACUCUGAAUUGAUCAUAUUCCCCUAACUAGAGAGCGAAUAUCCCUGAUGACCCAAAGACCCUGUAUAUUGUGCUAUUUUGUGUAUAGUGGGUGAUUAUUGGUAUGAUUAAAAACAUAUCUGAUGAUUGUUGUAGCCUCUUUCACCUGACUGAACUGCAACUUGGGACGUGUUUUUUCAAUAGCUGUGUAACUUUUAAAUUAUGCCUCUGUCUGUCUUCUAAAACAUUCAAUUUUUGCUUUGGCUUUUAAAAAUCAGUGUUACCUUACCUAAGUUUCAGGCUCUCUCUUUUUAACAGUUGAAUCUCUGACCUCUGAACACUCACAAAUGGCAGGUGGAAAAGAUAGGAAGCAAAGGGAAGAAAACAUAACACAUACCAUCUCCCCAUCUAUGAAUAAGACAGAAAGAGACACCACCUCAUCCCUUCUAGUGGCAUGGAACAGAGGGGUAUUAGGCCAGGCACUUAUUCUUACUGUGCUGCUUGGACAGCCCAAAAUAGUUCUGAGGGCAGUUUGAUUGGCCUUUUGAAAACUCCCUCAGCACAGCAGUUAAAAGCCUGGACUUAAGAGUGUUGCUGUCCUUCUGCCAUUUUCUCUAACCCUCAAGACCUGGCAAAACCCCCUAACAAACAGGUAAUAAUACCAGUUUUGCACCUUUUGUUCUUGACUGAUGGCUUUUAGGCUACAAAUAGCCUGAGGCACCCAUGGGUAUAUAUCUAAAGCAGCAAGUUAUCAAAGACAGAUUAAGAUAUGGUUCUUAAGCACAGCAGCUGCACUAAAAUAACACCACUUUCACAUGCUUUUGGCUGUCUAUGAAAAUGGGUUGCCUCUUUCUGUGGAAGUGGGUUGCUUUAUUUUGUAUUAGCUGCUGGCCUCAUUUUUCUGAGACCCAAUCACUUUCUUCUGGACCUUUUUAAAUGACUUUGACUUACUCAAUUGGCCUGCUUUUGCCCCCUCUUUCAUGUUAUCUCAAACUUGGUUUAAAGUCCUUGACUUGGUAUGAACUGCCUGUAAGUGAUAAAAAUCUAAGCAGCAAAUAUCUGUCUGCCUGUUUCAAGAGAUUCCAUUCUGCUUGCUUAAAAUAUGAGACUUGUAAUACACCCCUCUCAUCCCCUGAGAACUUUCCAGCUCAGUUCCUCCUACAUCAUGCUCCCUUUCUGCCUUGAGGAAGCUGACAUAUCCUGCCCCAGUACUGAUGUCAUGUCUGGGCUGGGUCAGCAGCAGGGGAAUAAGAUGUUAGGCCACAUGGCCAAGCUGCACUUUUGCUGAGGGGAAAAAAGGCUGAUAAGGAGAGAAAAGUGUGGGGAGCACAGGAGAUAGAACAGAACAUUUUUCAUGAAACUGUCAUGAAACGCCUUAUCUGUCUCAGCAGCUGGGAAGCAUCAGCUACCAUUCUCACAGCCUAACACAAGAAGAAUCAGUUUUUUUACAUAUCAAAUGCAUGGUGAAAAGGGCAAUUUUAACAACCUGUAGAUGAUUACUAGGAACCUGAACAGCAGCUUGGCAAAAACAAAUCUUACCAAGAACAAUAAAUGCAUUUUAAUGGACAGAGCAUGAGGCAGUGUUUAAUGCAAAGCAAUUCUGACUUCUGCUAUUUGUUUAAAUUUUCUUUUUGCCUUUUCAUCUGGCAGCAGUGUUAGGACUUCACAGGAAUUUCUUUAGGCUAGCUUAAAAGACACUGCAGAACUGCAAGGUUUUUAGUAUAUAUUAGAACUCAUUUUAAGAAUAAUGACUCAAAAUAGGAAUUGCCAACCUUUCAGGACACAAAUGAGCUAGUUUUCCUCAGUGCUCUUUAGAACACCUAAGAUUCUAUGAUGUGAGAAUGCUUAGCAUAUUGCAUGGAAAGCAGAGCAUGUUGCAGGAUCCCAGCAAGGUACCUAGCUCUGCUGGACUGUGCAUGCAGCUGGCUAAAGCAGAAUUCUGACUGCAUGACAGUUUUGUCAUCUAUUACGAACCUUGCGUCCCAUGCAAGGGAAUUACAUAGACAUUGAUAAGGACAUAAGGGCCAGAUGCUUAUAGACCAGAGGAGCAACACAAAGUUUUUAAAGAUAUUAUGAAGUAAGCAGCUGCCUGCUGGAACUUUCAUUAUACAAAUGCAAAUACAGUGGGGCAAUCUACUGUACUUACUUUUCAGUAAACUUAAGAGUGUUUUUCUCAUAUUCCUAAACACAAUUUUUUGUAUGCUUACUGUUUCAAAAAACUAAUUUCUGACUGUCAAUUAGAAGGCUAUGUAAUAAUUUUGUUUCAUUUUAAAACUGAAUAAAUGAGCACAAUUAUUUUCCC